UUCUGGAUGAGCUGAAUGCAAUGCAGUUGGUUCCCUUCGUGGCCACGACGCUGGUCGUGGCGCUAGUGUGGCCCUUGCUAGCUGCCCGUCAAGACGGGGCGUGCAUGUUCCCGUCGCGCUGGCACGGGACGUGGUUCCAGUCAGGGGUGCGCCAGCCCAUCAGCAUAGAGCAAAGCCGCCUCAGCAGCAAGGGCCGCUGCCUGCGCUCCGAUGGCGACAAGUUCGUCGUCGUCGACGAGAAAGGCUGUUUCCGCUGCGUAGUCAUUCACGAAAAGCACCACAACGUUCUGCAGUACAAGGAGACGUUCUGCCACACUCAAGAGGCGCUGUCGUCGCUGUGCUCGCUGAUCACGGGCGACGCGCUGCUCUACUCCAUGUUCCGCGUCGACGCGACGGCCGAGGCGUGUCCGUUCCGCGGACCGUUCACGUUCACGUACAACCGCGGCUACGGAGAGUGCCGCACGCCUGUCUCCUCCAUAGACUCGUGCACCGACGACUCGCGCCUGCUGCUACGCUACCAGGCCUGCCCCGACAUCUCCGGCACCGAGAGCACAGUGGAGGAGCUGCAGUGCCUGGCGACGUGGAAGGAGGGCUCGUCGCGCUACCUGGUGGGCAAGGUGCACCACAGCCACGCGAGCUCCAACGAGGAGCGCUACCGCUGCUUCGUGUACGAGAAGACGAGCGCCGCGGGCACGCCGGGCGCCGACCUGGCCGCCGACGCGGGCCACCACGACGAGGGCGUCGACUACCGCGUGGCGCAGUCGGGCGACGCCACGUGCAACGGGCUCUUCACGCCCCUCGAGGGCUCGCGCACAAUGACGCUCACCAGGGCAUCGUCGCCGGCCAAGUGCAGGUUCCCGUCGUGGCUGACGAGCUCGCACCACUGGCACACGCUCGACUACCGCAGGGCCUACUCCCUCAAGCACCGCAACACCACGCUGCGCAUCGCCAACGUCUCCACUGCUGGGUUCCCGGCGGCCAGCAGCGGCCCGUCGCUGUCCAUGGAGCUGUCGCAGCCGGGCCACGAGAUGCGAGUCGUCUGCAGCGAGCUGCGCGCAGUCACGCACGACACGGCGCAGAUCGUCGCUCACUUCACCACCGGAUGCCAGAGCGGCUACAUGUGUAUGCAGUUCUACCGGAGGGACCCGCACGUCAUUGAACUGCAGACAGGAGGCCAUUCUCGGAGGCCAGAGGAUGCUUGCUCUGUGUCUCACUUCAACAAAUCGUCUCUUCCGUACGUCACUCUUGUCACGGCGUUCCCAGAGCAGCGAGCGUGCCCAUACCAGGGAGAGUUCACUGUGACGGGUGUCAAUAGGCUGCGCACCCAGAGGGACCUUCCGGACAGCCCUUGUGAUGGGGAUGACACUGACUUCACCAGCCUUGUAGUUGGUUGCAGUGCAGGGCACACCAUGGAGUUUCGAUCAGAUUGUGCUGACGAAGACUUUGUCUCAACCUAUUCAUGUCAUGGACACUGGGAAGACAAUGGAACAAACUUCCUGAUAACUACACCUCUAAGUCGCACAUCGCAUGGAGCUCGCAGGCUUUGCUUCAUGUACCGUGAGUUGGAUGGAGUUGUUCACUUCUCAUCUAGUGCUGAUAGUUGCACACGUGCUGUUUCACCUGGAAUUGGUGGUUCUUUAGCCUUCAAUGUCACCAGCACAGGAAGGUGUCUUGAAACAAGCUCAGCUCCAUCUACAGUGGUUAUAUCAUUAUCGCUACCCACACUUUUGGCCACAGGUGUUUUUGGAAUUUUUGCUGUAUAUCAGUACUCUGAUGAGAGGUGAUCAAAAAAUAUACAUUUAGUAUUUUAAAUAAUAAGGUGAAGGUUCAGAAAGCUAAGUGACUUAUGUAAGGCAAUUAAAAAUAUGUGGAUGUUUGAUGUGAUACCCUUCUUUUUUAUGGACAAUCUUCUGCUGAACAACAUAGAAAUGUGUAAAAACAGGUGACAAAUUAUGGCGAGUGAAUAAAUAAGGGCAUUGUACAUACAUGAACUUGAUUACUACUUUUUCAGUGUUAAAACAUAAUUAGCUGAGUAUGGAAGUUGAUAAUAAUUUGUCUGGAGACUAUUUGCUGCUUUUCUCUUCCUGGAACUCAAAAUUUUGUGAUUCUACAGAAUAUAUAAUAUUGUGUGUGUGUGUGUUUGUGUGUGUGUGUGUGUGUGUGUGUGUG